UAGGUGAAGACCAAGAUGGCGGACUGAGCACCGGGGCUUUCCAGAUAAGCUCCAAAUGUACAAUCUAACAGCGUUAUAGGUUCAUAGCUACACAUAUUUGUAUUUUUUAAAGCCAAAAAAAAAACGGAAAUUGUGUUUGAAGAAAUGGAGUGUUAUGUGACGUGAAGAACUGAUGACAGAACCUGGCUGGACGACCACUGCUAUGCUGAGAUGGCGACCACGUCCAGUCAACACAAAAGAGAUUCGGCGUCACCAAUGGAGGAAAAAGGCAAAAACGGCAGACUUGAAGUAUCCAACAAUAUGCUUUUGGAAAGCAGCCUGAGCCCUGAACAGAGCGUGAAUGAGAUAUUAACCCACCAUGUUGAGCAAGACAUCCAGCAGCUAAAUGGUCAUCCAGAAGAAAUUCUCCCUCAGCCACAUGGUGGGAGCUCUACUUUGAAGCAGGAGGCUCCGAAGCCCCCCUAUGCUAAAGAGGAAGAGGAGGAACUCUGUAUCACUCAGGAGGGAGAGCGUCGUCUUGGUCCCCAGGAGGCCGAUCUCAAUAAUUUGCAACUGAAUGUCGUCUGUGUCAAUAUUGAAGACGAUGAUAACAAACCACAAGUAGACAACCUCAUAGCGCCGCUAUCAGAUAGUGAGGCUGAAGACGGCUUUGCAGAACCUUGGAGCAGCGAUACAGACUGUGAAGGUGAUAUGCGAAGUCACACUGGCAGCAAACACUCUGAACACUCUAAAAAUAAGACAGGUAAAACAUGCUUGACCUGCUCAAUUUGUGCUAAGAGCUUUACUCAAAAGCGCAAUUUGACUCAGCACAUGAGAGCACACACUGGAGAAAAAACAUUGAGCUGUUCAGUUUGUGGGAAAAGAUGCACUAAAAAGAGUCAUUUGACUGAACACAUGAGAACGCACACGGGAGAAAAACCUUUUCAAUGUUCUGUUUGUUGUAAAAGCUUUUCUCAAAACUGCAAUUUGACAAAACACAUGAGAACACACACGGGAGAAAAACCAUUUGAUUGUUCAAUUUGUGGGAAAAGAUUUUCUCAAAACAGCCAUUUGCCUGAACAUAUGAGAACGCACACAGGUGAAAAACCUUUCAUCUGUUCAGUUUGUGGUAAAAGUUUUGGUCAAAAGAACACUUUGUCUGAUCACAUGAGAACACAUACUGGAGAAAAACCAUUUAUUUGUUUAGUGUGCGGUAAACGCUUUUCUCUCAAGAGACCGUUGACCGUGCACAUGAAAACGCACACAGGAGAAAAAACAUUUAAUUGCUCGGUUUGCAGCAAGAGUUUUUAUUCCAGACCAGGUUUGACUCAACACAUAAUGAAACACACUGGAGGAAAAACAUUCAGGUGUUCAGUUUGUGAUAAACGCUUUUGGAAAAGGAGCCUUCUGUCUUAUCACAUGAGAACGCACACAGGAGAAAAACCUUUUAGUUGCUCAGUUUGCAGUAAAAGCUUUAUGUACAGACAAAAGUUGACUCGACACAUAAUGACACACAGGAGAAAAACACUUAAAAGGCAAGUAUUGUAACACACAUGAAAUACAAAUCUGUCGUUGCUUAUAUUUACAGUAUCAGAUUUACUCAGAAUGCAACUAUUUCAAUGAGUGAGUGGUGCAAAAAGCAGCAGCUACACAACUUUGAUGGCGGUGUUUUCCUCACCUUCCUUUGAAUUGCGAAAGUUAGGGCUUCUCGAUUUUGGGCGAAAAUAAAAGAUUUGUGUUUUUUAAAAACUAUUUUUGGUGGUAAAAACUACAUCAUGUAAUCUGUAAUGAAAUAGGAUAAAUAAAAGUUAUACAUAUAGUUCAAGACAAAUCUUUGUGUUUUUAUUUGUUAUUGUAUAAACAUUUCAUCUUUAUCUUUAUGCCUUUUUUCUCUAUUUCCCAUUUUUUUCAAACCGUAUCUUUAUUGUUGUUGUUUUUUUAUUUUACCUCUAUAAUGUGCCAGGGGUUGUGGAGAAUGCAUAUAUGUUUAAGAGUUCUUUCUCUAUUCAUAGCCAUGUUUGGAGCAUCUAGUACUUUUCCUUUGUAUAUUCUACCAGUUUCUCUUGUCUUCAGAGGUCUGUUUAGUGUCUUAAACCAUCAGGAAUGUGAAUACAACCCCCAAUUCUUCCUUAUCAGUGUUGCGAGAGGGAGAGGUGGGGGCUUUCUUUGUGUGCAAGAAGUGGGCUCUUCUGUUUGA